AUGGAAAGACUACUGAUGUGGCUAAGUACUACCAGACUCCCCUCAGUCCUGGUCCCUGACUCACCCUGCAGCUAUGAGGGCAGCUAUGAGGGCAGCUAUGAGGGCAGCUAUGAGGGCAGCUAUGGGGGCAGCUAUGGGGGCAGCUAUGGGGGCAGCUAUGAGGGCAGCUAUGGGGGCAGCUAUGGGGGCAGCUAUGGGGGCAGCUAUGGGGGCUGCUAUGGGGGCAGCUAUGGGGGCAGCUAUGAGGGCAGCUAUGAGGGCAGCUAUGGGGGCAGCUAUGGGGGCAGCUAUGGGGGCAGCUAUGAGGGCAGCUAUGGGGGCAGCUAUGGGGGCAGCUAUGAGGGCAGCUAUGAGGGCAGCUAUGAGGGCAGCUAUGGGGGCAGCUAUGGGGGCAGCUAUGAGGGCAGCUAUGGGGGCAGCUAUGGGGGCUGCUAUGGGGGCAGCUAUGGGGGCUGCUAUGGGGGCAGCUAUGGGGGCAGCUAUGAGGGCAGCUAUGGGGGCAGCUAUGGGGGCAGCUAUGAGGGCAGCUAUGGGGGCAGCUAUGGGGCAGCUAUGAGGGCAGCUAUGAGGGCAGCU